AUGAACGGCGGCGGCACUUCCUCGCGGAACUCCGGGGGAAGCACCACCAAGCACAACAAGAAGCAGCCGGCGGCGGCGGCAGCGGCGGACGCUUCCGAGCGAUCGCUAGGGAGCGACAAGAACUCCUCGGCGAAUCCGCCCCCCCCGCCGCCGCUCCCGCCGCCAGGGCUGGGCAUCGCGCGCGCCACGUCCGUUUCGGCGGGGCUCCGGCCGGGCCCCGGCGCGGGGCCAGAGGGCGGCAUCGGAAGCGCGGGCGCCGCCCGCGCUCAGGCUUCGUACCUCUGCACACCCUCCGGGCGGACGCACAACCCGUACUGGUCGUACCACCCUCACCACGCGGCGGCGGCGGCGGUGGCGGCGGCGGCGGCGGCGAUGGAGCAGCAGCCGGGGAGGGGAGGAGGCGGCACCGGCGCCGCGGGCGCCCCGGGCGGGUACAUGGAUUUCGGGGCCGCCGCGGCACACGGGUAUCACCCGUCCCACGCGCAGGGCGUGGCCGGGUUCCCUCACCUUGGGAUGUCACACCCCAUGCAGCAGCUGUGGCUGCACCAGCACUACGCCGUGGGCACCGGCGGCGCUGGUGGCGCCGGGGCGGUAGCAGGCCGGGGAAGCGCCGCGGCCGCGGCGGCGGCGGCCGGGGUAGGGCUUCCCCCGUGGCAGCAGCUGCACCGGCACCAGCAGAUGCAGAUGCAGCUGGCGCGGCACGCGGCGGGGCAGUCUGGCGUGGCGGUGAUGUCGGCAACGGCGGCAGCCGGCGGCGGCAGUGCUACCAACGCCAACAACGCCCCCCGCUGUCAGGCGCAGCUUCAGCAGCUUCAGAUCGCCGAGGGCGACACGGUGCCGUCCACGAUGGCCUCCCCCAGCGAACUCCAGCAGAUGUACAAGAAGGCCGAGGGCGUGGGGGUGAGCGGCAGCUACAACGGCCGCGGCAAGAACGGCCGCCGCAGCCGCAGCAACAGCCACAACCACCACCACCGCCACGGCAACGGCAACGGCAACGGCAACGGCAACGGCCAGGACGGCGCGAACGCGGCGCCCUCCUCCCUGGCCCGGAGCGGCAGCAGCGCCCGCGACACCGCCAGCAGCGCCGGCAGCAGCAUGGGGAACACAACCGCCGACGGCACGUCCUCCGUCGCCUCCAUGUCCGGCGUUAGCUCGCGGACCGGUUCCGGCGUGGGCUCUUCCGGUGCCGGGUCCGGCUCCGGGGGAUCCGGCUCCGACGAGCGGGUUAGCCGCGCCAACAGCACCAGCAGCAGUGUCCUCAGCGGGAGGAGCUCCAAGGGCGGCGGUAAGGGGGCGACGGGGGGCCGCGGCGGCGGAGGCGGGGGCGGGGGCGGCGUCAGCGGCUCUUCGGGGUCGACGUCCGGGAGCGAAAGCGGCAGCGAGGGGACCGAGAAGAUGGGUUCGCCGCAGCAGACAUGUGCCGACGAGUUCCCCAAGAGCACCGGCGGUUCAGCUUCGGGUUCGCCACGGGUGGACAUCGACGGCGCCGGCGGCUUGCUCAUGGGCUUCGUGGAGACGCUGACGAAGCAGCACCGCCUCGACCAGCAGGCGCAGCAAGCGCUUCUUCGAAGCGGCGGCGACGGCAAGACGUCGGAGCGCCGGGCGAGUGGUCUCAAGCGGCGGAGAGACCAGAUGGCCGGCGGCGGCGGCGGCGGGCCUCCCCGCAGGCCGCGGAGAGAAGGCGGAGAGGCGGACGUCGACGACGGCGACAUGGACGAGAGCAACAGCGAGUCCGAGGUCGGCGGGGGCAACUCCGAAGAAGGGGGUUACGAGGAGGACGGCAGCGGGUGGGGGAGCUUCGGGAAGGACUCGGGCUCCGCCGAGGAGAGCAACGAGGCCAGCGAGGGCGACUACGGCGGCGGGGACGAGCGCUCAAGCUCGUUCGAGGAACGGUACUCGAACACCAGUGGGGGGUACGGGGGCGUUUCCCCUAUCCUCGAGAGCAAGUCCAGCGCGAGGGCGCAGCAGCGGCAGCAGCGGCAGACGAAGACCGGUGAAGCGGCGGUGUCUGAGAGCGCUGUCCGGCAAAGGGAGGCGAUGGCGGCGUCGGCAUGA